AUGCGGUUCUCUGCGUUAACUUCCCUCCUCGCCUUGGGAGCCUUCACCGGCGUCCUCGCGACACCCACCAAGGUCUCCAGGGCACCCUCGCUGGUGGAGCGUGACUUUGCCGCGGUCACCAGUGUUGUCGCUGCCAUUUCGUCCAAGGUCGAUGCUCUGGAUGCAAGCAUCAAGGCCUACACUGGAGGCGAUACGUCCGCCAUUGUGGGCGCUUCUGCAGACCUUAUCUCCACCAUCAACGAUGGCACUUCCACGGUUGCGGCCCAGCCAGCGCUGAGCCAAGCUGACGCUCUGAAUCUGGUGAAUCCCAUCUUGGCUCUGACCAGCAAGGUCAAGACCACCAUCAACGACCUCAUCUCCAAGAAGAGUCUGAUCGUCGAGGCCGGCGCGGGUCCUACCACCUAUAACCAGUUGCUGGCCCAAUACACGGCCUCCUCGAACUUGGCUACGACCCUGUCUAGCAAGGUGCCGGAGGCUCUUAAGCAAGUCGCUCAAGAGCUGUCCUCUGGAAUCACCUCGGCCAUCCAGACGGGUAUCGAUGCUUACAAGGAUGUGGGCACCCCCCCGACCACUACUACUUCGCCGACUUCCACACCUCCUACGACUACCCCUACGACUACCUCUACGACUACCCCUACGACUACCCCUACUGAAACCUCCACUCCGUGCGAGACUACUACCACUACUACCACUACCACUACCCCUACCGUAACCUCCACUCCAUGCGAGACUACCACCACUCCUACUGAGACCUCCACUCCGUGCGAGACUACCACCA